AUGUCUGGCCAAAACCUCCACAUUGCUCUCCUCCGUCCUCCCAUCAUCCAGAUCCUCCGCGCUCAGGGUUUUCAUUCAACCAAACCGUCCGUACUUGAAUCGCUUUCAGAUAUUACAUCGCGCUACAUUAUGAUCCUUGCAAACGCUACCGCCGCACAUGCAGCCAAUGCCCACCCAGAAGACCCGUCACCCGUCCUUGAAGACGUUUACCAAGCCCUGCAAGAUGCAGGUGCUAUUCGACCACAACUACGAGAAUGGGAAGAGGAAUGGCAGAGUGAGGAGGACAUGCGUGGCCUUGAAUCCCUGAUCGAUUGGAUCACCGGCCCAGCACACCGCGAGAUUCGACGUAUCGCUGGAUUUGUCCCAAGUGAAGGUGACAUGGUUGAUCCUGACGCGAUCGAGAAGGAGGAUUACCUGACUGCCUUGAAGAAGAAGCACAGUAAGACGGGCGAAGAGUCUCGAUACGCGGGGACAGUGCUUGGAAAGGGUGCGGAAGAACAUCCUAUCGUUAUUGAAGGUGGUGUUCCAAGUAUUCAAGAAUGGGGGCAGCAAGUACGAUCGCGGGCGCCGGCUAGCCCCGCCAGUGAUACUUCUGGAGUCAGUAGUGCGCCCAGUCAUUUGUCUGAAGAUGCGAUGGAAGUGUGA